UAUAUACGCGCAGAGAUGUCCACCCUUCAACGCAGGGUCUAUAUUAUGAGAAGCUUCUGUCUUCUCUAAUGGACUUGACUCACACUGGUUGAGUCACUAGUGGAAUACUUCUUUGAUUUGUCGACGUGGGUCGCCGGAGAAUCUGGCCAUGCUAUAUGGCGAAAGGCAGGAAACUGACCACCAGUCGGAGCGAGAGGUUGUUGGGGAGCUUCGCCUACGGCCAUGGCCAGGGGGCCGGCGCGGACUCGUCAGAGCUGGGGGAGGAAGAUGUCUGGUCCAUGGUCGAUGACAUGGUCGAGCGUGACGAUCACGUAAACAGCGGCGGCGGAGGUGGGGGGCAGAGCGAUUGGAGCCCACGCGCUGGGGGUGAGCCGGCGAUGAGGAACCAUCACCACCGGCGGAGAAUUCCCAGGGACGACAGGCACCAGGUGGGGGGCCUGUCGCUGGCGUUCGACGACUCGGGGAAGACGACGUCUUCGAGGAUCGUCCACCAGUACCGCCCCCAGGACGGCGUGACGCCUUCUCCCCGCGGCCACCACAUGGCGACUUCGGCGCCGGUCAACGUCCCGGACUGGCACAAGAUCCUACGAGUCGACUCGGUGGAGUCGCUGCAUGACUCCGACGACGAUCGAGAAUUAGAGAUGGUUCCGCCGCACGAGUACCUGGCACGUGAGUACGCCGCCAGCCGCAAGAUGGCGGCCACCUCGGUGCUCGAAGGCGUGGGUCGGACUCUCAAGGGCCGCGACAUGAGCCGGGUUCGAGACGCGGUCUGGAGUCAGACCGGCUUCGACGGAUAAUAAUCAUUUGUUAGCUUUGUAAAACCCCGCCAAAGAGAAAAAAAAAAAAAAAAAACCUUCCAUUAGUCACAGAGGAAACGCUAUAUUUUUUACUUGGGCAAUGACUCGGCCGAGUUGACUCAGUACAGAAACCGAGUCACACUCGGCAGCGAUUGAGCCUAAGCACCAUUCUGCCAUUAUGAUUUGAUCUCUCCCGCUUCUCUCAUCCUCUCUCUCUCUCUCCCCAUUCCAUCAUGGAUUGCAAGUUUGAAUUCUGUGUCAAUUUUCUUCUAUCAAUGGUGUUCUGAUAAUUUCUAGUGAAGAGUGGGUCACUGAAAAUAAUAUAUAUUCCAAAUUAUUAUUAUU